UGUGUUGACACGUGUCGAGACGGCACGCAUCACCACUACCAAAUGUCAAACCCUCUCGUUCGUUUCCUCAAUGCACCGGCUCAAACAAGUGUAGUAGAUAAACACAAACUAUAAAACCUCACUUGUGGGGCCCGGCCCGAGCCGCGUACCAUGUUCAAAAGAGUGCUCUUUCCUUCGUCGUCCACGCGCCACGUCAUCUCUCACCACAAACCCAUUUUCAGAUCGGUGUCUCUCUCAUUUUCUUGGCCUUUAUCCGUCGUCUUUCACCGCCCCAUUCAUUUUUCCAGAGUCUUUGCCAUGGCCGAUGAUCGUUCCACUAACACGACGUCGUCGCCGCCGCCGCCGGAGGCGAGCCACAAGCACACUAACCGCCUCGCGGCGGAGCACAGUCCGUACCUUCUUCAGCAUGCCCACAACCCUGUUGAUUGGUAUCCAUGGGGGGAGGAGGCGUUCUCCGAAGCUCGUAAAAGAGAUGUCCCUAUCUUUCUGUCAAUUGGUUACAGCACUUGUCAUUGGUGUCAUGUAAUGGAAGUAGAAUCUUUCGAGGACGACGAUGUUGCGAAAUUGCUCAAUGAUUGGUUUGUCAGUAUCAAGGUGGAUAGAGAAGAAAGACCAGACGUAGAUAAGGUAUAUAUGACAUAUGUACAAGCGUUAUACGGCGGUGGUGGUUGGCCGUUAAGCGCCUUUCUCUCACCUGAUCUAAAGCCCUUGAUGGGCGGCACUUACUUCCCCCCCGAGGAUAAAUAUGGAAGGCCCGGAUUUAAAACCGUACUUAGGAAGGUUAAAGAAGCUUGGGACACUAAAAAGGAUGCAUUGGUCCAAAGUGGAACAUUUGCUAUUGAACAACUUUCGGAGGCAUUAUCCGCUACUGCAAGAUCGGAAAAGCUUGCAGACGGGCUUUCCGAAAAGGCACUGCAGAAAUGCGCUGAAGAGCUUGCAGACAGUUACGACUCAAAAUAUGGGGGAUUUGGUUCGGCACCAAAAUUCCCUAGGCCAGUUGAAAUCCAGCUAAUGCUUUACCAUAAAAAGAAAUUGAAGGAAAACGAAAUGCCAGGCGAAGCAAAGGAAGACCUUAGCAUGGUGGUGCAGACAUUGCGGGGCAUGGCGAGGGGUGGGGUCCACGAUCAUGUUGGAGGUGGUUUCCACAGAUACAGCGUCGACGAAUGUUGGCACGUGCCUCACUUCGAGAAGAUGUUGUACGAUCAAGGACAGCUUGCAAAUGUUUACCUCGAUGUCUUUUCAAUCACGAAAGACACGUUGUACUCGAGUGUGUCCCGUGAUAUUCUCGACUACUUGAGGAGAGAUAUGAUUGGUCCAAACGGUGAGAUAUUUUCAGCUGAGGAUGCAGAUAGUGCAGAAUCCGAAAGCUCGAGGAAAACGGAGGGUGCCUUUUAUGUUUGGACGAGCCAAGAGGUGGAUGACAUAUUAGGUGAACAUGCUCCUUUGUUUAAGGAGCACUACUAUGUUAAAGAAUCGGGCAAUUGUGAUCUUUCGAAGAUGAGUGAUCCCCACAAUGAGUUCAAGGGUAAAAAUGUCCUUAUCGAGAGAAAUAGCACUUCUGCAAUAGCGUCGAAACUGGAUAUUUCUGUGGAGGAGUAUCUCAAGAUUUUGGGGGUUUGUAGACAGAAGCUUUUCGAUGCGAGAUCGAAACGACCUAGGCCUCACUUGGAUGAUAAGGUGAUUGUGUCGUGGAAUGGGCUUGUAAUUUCUUCGUUCGCGAGGGCAUCGAAAAUUCUCAAGGCGGAACCAAAAGGGACUGAAUACUACUUCCCUGUUAACGGGAAUCAUCCGGACGAGUACAUGGAAGUUGCGGAGAAGGCGGCAGCUUUUAUCAAGAAACAUCUUUACAACCAACACACGAAAAAAUUACAGCACAGUUUCAGAAAUGGACCCUCUAAAGCACCUGGAUUUCUAGAUGAUUAUGCCUUCCUUAUUUCUGGUCUUCUUGAUUUAUACGAAUACGGCAGCUCGGUUUCUUGGCUAGCUUGGGUUAUUGAACUACAACAAAUGCAGGACGAGCUAUUUCUGGACAAAGAGGGAGGAGGGUAUUUCAAUACUGCAGGUGAGGAUCCUUCGGUUUUACUCCGUGUGAAAGAAGACCAUGACGGUGCGGAACCUUCCGGAAACUCUGUUUCGAUUAUCAAUUUAGUGAGAUUGGGUUCCUUGGUUUCUUCGGGUUCCGAUAAUUACAGGCGCACUGCAGAGCGUGUGCUGGCUGUGUUUGAGAAGAGGUUGAAAGAAACAGCAAUGGCUGUGCCUCUGAUGUGCUGUGGGGCCGACAUGCUCGGUGUUCCUUCGAGAAAGCAAGUUGUUCUCGUUGGACGAAAGCUGUCUUCGGAUUUCGAGACAAUGUUGGCUGCUGCUCAAGCAUCAUAUGAUCCUAACAAAACUGUGAUUCACAUAGACCCUACAGAUGCAGAAGAAAUGGGAUUCUGGGAGGAGCAUAAUGACAAGAUCGCCCUCAUGGCUAAAAGCAAUUAUAAUUCCGACAAAGUUGUGGCUCUCGUUUGCCAGAAUUUCACUUGCAGCCCUGCAUUAUACGAUCCGACUGCUCUUCAAUCUGUGCUCUCAAAAUGAUUUGCAUGCAGAUAGAUAGCCUGUUCUAUGCUUUCGAAGUACAAUAAAGACAGGUUUCUUGUUCACAUGGGAUGUAUGUAUCUAUGUAUAUAUUUUAUAUAAUCGAAAUGUAAGUUUUGUUUUAUUUUUUUUAUAUAUUAUUUUUGAGGGCUGAUUUGAUAAUUAACCGAGUUGAGCUCGAACGAAUUUUAAUUAAGCUGAACAUGAAUCAAGGUUUGGUUAUUUUUGUAUAGUAUGAUUUCUUUUC